GAUAACUGUUUUGCUUCAGGGAAUAAUUUAAAAAAAGAAAAGUGACGAAGAAGAAUUAUUUCAGACUAAAGAUGGAUACCAUUAUACUAGCUGCUGGUUAUGGAACAAGAUUGUCACGAGAUCUGGAGUCCUCUGAAGAGUAUAAAUUUCUGUUGGGAAUCCCUAAAUGUCUUCUCCCGGUUGGAUCCAAACCUUUAAUAUCUCACUGGAUCCCUCACUUAGAUCUAACCUGCCAAAGAAUAGUUGUGGUGACAAACCAAGUUUUCUAUGCUCAACUACAGCUUUGGAAGGAUCAACUCGAACCAAAGUACAAGGAUAAGGUGUCGAUUUUGAAUGAUUUGACCGAUGGCAACAGUAUUAGACUUGGGGCCGUAGCAGAUAUUCAGCUAGCUGUACAGUACCUACAGAGAAAGAAUGAUAUAUUGGUAGUGGCAGGAGACACACUAUUCUAUCAAUCCUUUAACCUACGUAGUCUGGUUCAGGAGUUCAGCAGACUCCAGCAGACAGUUCAGGAGGUUUGCUACCUAGUACACACUGAUUGUUCUGAAGAGAAUGUGAGUAAGCAUGGUAUACUGGAGCUAGGAGAUAAUAACAGAGUUCUAAGAUUACUGGAGAAACCGAAACCUCAGGAUACAGUUUCCAGGUUCCAAUGUCCUUGUUUCUACAUUCUCUCUAACCCUGCCUUGGUUCAUCUGGAUGCGUUCUUAAUGAGUAAAGAAGAUCAACCUAUUGAAUCUAAAGAUGCGACAGGAACAUUUAUCAGCUAUCUAAUCAACCACACUGAGGUCUACAGCUAUUAUCUUAAAGGAAGGUUUGAUGUGGGUAAUCUGAAAUCCUACCUAGUCUGUCACGAAUAUUUCAACCAAAAAGAAAAUCAGAAAUAAGUUGUCAUACAGUCGUCGUCGUAUAUAUCAA